AUGGAUAGGAUAGUUAGGAGGAUGAAGGAUGGAUGGAAGACUGUUGCGUUCAGGGUUAGUGAACAGGAAAUAUACCUUAUUGGGAGUCACAUGAUACAUGGCAGGGUUGUUCACAUAUUGCCUGCCAAUCGGGACCCUGGAGAUCAGCGAAGCAACCGCAUUGUUCCUUGCUUUCGUUUCCGAGCACUCCCGUCAGUCAGCCCUACCGAUUCAAGUGCACAAUCCAUCGCAUUCAUGUUCUACACUCCUUUGACAAGAUGUGGAAGCGAAUACCCUCCCUUCAGCACUGAAUGGCUACGCAUAAUGCUUACCAGAAGAGCUUCCUCAGCAGCAUCGCCGUCGUUACACAACCGGGGCCGACGAUCAGGCGUGCAAUACCCCAGUCCGAACUUCAAUCACACCGGAUUCACCUUGAGCCGAGCAAACGCCCAAUUAGGCCACCUAGAGGACAUAGCAGUAAGGCCUCAGAUCAUCGCCGUCAGCACGGUGCUACUUGGUCUACUUGCAGCAGUUCACCAGAAUCACACAUACUGA